AUGGCAGAUAAUGAACAAAAGGCGAUGCAGUUGAUUGCGGAAGCUGAAAAGAAACUGAAUUCAUCGAAAGGUUUCUUUGGUUCCCUAUUCGGCGGUGGUUCUAAUAAGGUGGAAGAUGCCGUGGAAUGUUACCAGCGGGCUGCGAAUAUGUUUAAAAUGGCCAAAAAAUGGAGCCAAGCUGGGUCGGCCUUUUGCGAAGCAGCUAAUCUGCACGCGAAAGCUGGCAGUCGACACGAUGCCGCAACCAACUACGUGGAUGCAUCUAACUGCUACAAGAAGACCGAUCCAAACGAAGCCGUCAAUUGCCUGCUAAAGGCCAUCGAUAUAUACACGGAUAUGGGAAGGUUCACGAUGGCCGCAAAGCAUCACCAGAGCAUUGCGGAGAUGUAUGAAAAUGAGGCAAACGAUUUGCAACGAGCGGUGCAGCAUUACGAACAGGCGGCGGAUUAUUUCAAAGGUGAAGAAUCCACCAGUUCGGCUAACAAAUGCAUGCUGAAAGUGGCCCAAUACGCGGCCCAGUUGGAGGAUUAUGAAAAGGCGAUACAAAUCUACGAACAGGUGGCUGGAUCGUGUCUGGACAGCUCUUUGCUGAAAUAUAGCGCCAAAGAGUACUUCUUCCGCGCGGCCCUGUGUCAUCUUAGCGUGGAUUUGCUGAAUGCUCAACAUGCGAUGGAAAAAUACGCACAACAAUAUCCAGCAUUCCAAGACUCACGGGAGUAUAAGCUUGUGAAGACUCUCUGCGAACAUUUGGAGGAACAAAACGUGGAUGGAUUUACCGAGGCAGUCAAGGAGUACGACAGUAUCUCAAGGCUGGACCAAUGGUACACCACUAUUCUGCUGCGAAUCAAGAAGCAAGCUAAUGACAACCCGGAUCUGCGAUAAGCUGUUUUCCUGCAUCUCUAUUGCGAAUGCAUGGUAUUGGUAUUUUUGACGUACCGUCGUAAAAAUCGAAAACUGUGCCGUCGUAACACCCUAGCCGCCGUUUAGUUUUUGGGCCGUAUUUCGUGGUGCGGUGCGGCACGGAAACUUUUAAACUCAUCAAUCCCACUGGAUUUAAAGGACAAACAACAAUUUUACCUUCUAUUAAAAACCAAGUACGAUUGACAAAGCACUCUUCGCUAAGCACAGUAAGCUGUAUAAAAAUAUAUAUCGAAGCCACCCCUAGCGUAAUAACAACGAGUCAUCAAUCCCGUUUAGCCAGGAUCGUUCCUGGGAUUCCGUUUGCUCUGUUAACGGCGUCUGCUAUUGAUUUACAUACGUAGAGUGUUAUUCUAGCAAGCUUAUUAUAUUUUUGUUAAUACAGUUAAGCCGCACUAGGUACUAAGACGUUAAGCAUUACGCAUCUAAGUAACGGCAUACGAGCGUGAUUAUAUCGAGUGAAAUUUGGGCGGAAUUGGCGUAUCUCGCGUUCCGAUGGCUUACAAGCACAUCGUUCGGUUCUGUAAAGCUUUUGUCGUGUUUCGUCAUAAUCGCAAACUUGUUUGUAUGAUUUUCUUGCAAAGGACAUAUUCUGCAUGCCACAGAUGGUAAGUCGUCGUUAAAUAGGCUAGUGAAUGCGAACCUUGCUAUCUGCGUUGCAGGCUGACGAGCGAGCGUAACCUCCGCAAGAGCCGGUUCCUCGUCCAUUGUGCAAAAUGUGCUCGCGUUUGUUGCUGAAACAGAGGCAUUAACAAGUAAUAGUAACGAUUUACUGCGAAAUUCGAAAUAGAGCAAAGACGUAGACAUCAUAAAUAAAGACCGUAUCUUACACCCAGAGGAACGCGCCGCAAGUUAGGGUCAAUCACAUUGUUACUAAAAUAUAUCUAUAUACGUGGAGUGCGCCGGCACUUGUGAAAAUUGCCACGGGAAAAUUACCAUACAAGAAUUCAUUCGAGAACGUUUCGUUCCCAGAAAAGGAACUCCCGUGACAAGCGAAUGGCAUCAGUAUGAUUGAAAAGACGGUAUCAAGACCGAGCGACUAUAGUGAAGCGUUCAUUAGGCCUGAUAAUGGAAAUCUGGUAUCAUCACUUUCUUGCAAAUACAUUAAACUAUUACUACUGUAAACCAAGAGGAAUCAUAGAAGCAUCCUCGGUAAAAAAGCGAUAAGGAACAGCGAAGUGCGUGAAAGGACAGUAAAAUAGUAAACUAUACUAACGAUUACAUGUUUCCAAUUGAAUUGCAAUAACAAACUACCGUGAAUAAAGUCAAUAAAAUAAAAU